AUGUUCAUUAAAAAAUUAUUUUUAUCAUUUUUUCUUUUUCUAAUUUUUACUCCUUCAAUAAAUCAAGCAUCUUAUUGUGGUCAAUCAGCUAUUCCUUUUAGUCUUGAAAUUAAAGAAAAUUCCCAGCCAAUUUUGGGCUGUGCAAGGCCUUCUUGUUUUGGAUUGUCUUCAAAUAAACAAAAAUUAGAUUCCAAUCCAGCACAGUUUUUUAAAAUUUGGGGACACCCAGAUGGAUUUAUUAAAUCAGUUUCUUCAAUUAAUGAAGUUAAAAAAACUUCUUUUAAUGAAAUUUCGGUAAUUUAUUUUUUAAUUUAAAAUUGUCUAGCAAAAUCAAUUAUUAUUAAAAUUUUACUAGUUAAUUUACAAAAAAAAUUAACAAAAAGUAUUAGAUAAUAAAUAUCAUGGAUUAAUGAACUAAAAUGGGGAACUCGGGUUCGACUCCUAACGGCAGAUUGUAGCUGGUUAAUUGUAGUUCCUGA